GCUUUAACACCUUCGUCAGUUCGAUACAAAUCUCAUGUGGGGGCUCAGGCAUAGACAUGGGGUUGCUCAACUGGACCAUUUCUCCAGCAGCCAGGGUGAUGGACCCCCUUGACGGACGAAUCCAACAUCUGGGCUGGAAUAUACCAAAUGAAGAGCUCAUCCACAUUCCAGAACAUUGGCUAGCAUUUCCUGAUGUUGACAAAAGCCUUCAUUUCAUGCUCGGCAUCAUUUACUUCUUUUUCUUCAUAGCUGCGAUGACUGGAAAUGGAAUGGUGCUGUGGAUAUUUUCCUCGGCAAAAUCUCUUCGAACAGCGUCUAAUAUGUUCGUGGUAAAUCUAGCCUUCUGUGAUUUCUUCAUGAUGCUGAAAGCUCCAAUCUUCCUAUACAAUACCUUCCAUCACGGAUAUGCUUUGGGUCAUACGGGUUGCCAGAUUUUCGCAGCUAUGGGAUCGCUGUCGGGAAUAGGUGCUGGAAUGACAAACGCUUGUAUAGCCUACGACAGAUACACAACAAUCACCAGGCCGUUUGACGGAAAAAUUUCUAAAGUGAAGGCUUUUUUAAUGAUCAUCAUGGUAUGGAUCUACACUGUACCUUGGACGAUUUUUCCUUUAUUAGAAAUUUGGGGACGAUUUUCUCCAGAGGGCUUUUUAACUACUUGUAGCUUUGACUACUUGACUAGGACGUUCAAUAAUAAAGUAUUUGUUGGUACCAUCUUUACGUUCUCAUAUGUCCUCCCAAUGUCACUGAUCAUCUAUUUCUACAGCCACAUCGUUAGCAAAGUAUUCAGCCACGAAAAAGCGUUAAGAGAACAGGCAAAGAAAAUGAAUGUAGAGUCCCUUCGAGCUAACCAGCAACAACAGAAUGAAUCUGCGGAGAUGAGGAUAGCUAAGGCUGCACUGACUGUAUGUUUCUUGUUCGUUGCUUCCUGGACACCUUACGCUGUUCUGGCUCUGAUCGGGGCGUUCGGGGAUCAGUCGUUGUUAACUCCUGGAGUGUCCAUGAUACCUGCAUGUACUUGCAAGCUGGUAGCUUGUAUAGAUCCUUAUAUUUAUGCCAUCAGUCAUCCAAGAUAUAGACAAGAGCUCAUGAAGCGCCUUCCUUGGCUAGGUGUAAAUGAACCAUCUGAUACGCAGUCUACUGCCACUGAAGCAACAGCACAGCAAUCUGCAACAGCGUAGUGUCUGAAGAUGGAUUAAUUAUUCGAGAUUUAUCUGAUUUUAGAGUAUAAGUGUUGUUUUUGAUGUUCGUAUUAUACGAAAAUUCCAAAAUGAUUAUUAAAAUGGCAGGAAAUUAUAAAGUUAUCGAAAACCUUCCAUCUCUCUUUUUUUUUCAAAAGUAAUAAUAUCAAGUGGAAAACACGUGUUUGGAAAAAGGAUAUUCAAAUAGAGAAGAACAAUAAUGUGAUAGGAUUCUUAAUUACAAGAAUAUUAAGAAUAAGUACUGCAUAAUUAUUAUUAUUGUAAAAAUGUAGUAAACUUGUAUUAUUAUUAUUGUAAAAAUUAAUGUAAAAAUGUACGUAACCUAAAAUACACAUUUUUGCAAUAGCAAUAAUUAUCUAGUACAAAAAAGAAUGUUGCGAAUUUUUUGCAACUCAUUUUAUGCUAGAAAAUCAGAUAUAUAAUUCUCAAAUAACAUACUAGAUUUGUAUCGAAUUGUAAUCGAUUUUGUUUGGAAAUAAUCAGAAAAAUGAUGACACGGGCUAUUCAAAAAGGUAUUUGCAUUUGAUAACACUUUAUCAUCUGUGGUAUAACCACACAUAUUCAAAAAAAAAAACCUAACAAAUUUAUUUGUAAAAAAACAUCGAGCUGAUUUUAUAAUACCUCUGCGGUUUCUAUCAGAAAAUAAAUUAGAAGUAAAUGUAAGGCACUUGAAAAUUUUGAACUACCUGUUAUAAAAUUGUUAUCAAAAAAACUGUACAUAACUAAUCAAAUAUAAUACAAGCAAUUGAAUAUAA